ACCGUCAACUGAAAAAUAGCGGAAACAGUGCCAAGAAGUGGUCGCUAUUUUUAGUCGCGUCUAAACGAAAUUUAGAUGUCUCUUUCCAUUUGAAUUGUUCGCAGUCUUAUAUCGUCGCCCGUGUCGUUAGUAGUAAAAGGAAAUUAACUAAAAAGUUUCACGAAAAGUUGGAUGACCUUGAAAAUUACGCAAAACAAAAAAAUUGAUUGAUUGAUACGAAAAAUAAUUACAUCGCAGUAGACAGUUAAUUAUACCAGUUGAUUACUUUGUCAAUAAAGAUUACGUGACACACAGAAUGAGUGACCGUAAAAUCUUUCUUUUACGACAUGCGGAACGAGUGGACUUCAUUAUGCCGCAGUGGUACAACACAUGUUUCGAUGGCGAUGGGAAAUACCUUCGGCGUGACUUGAAUAUGCCAAAAAGUGUUCCGGCGAGGAAGGAAGGUCCCCGCGGUUGGAUCAAAGAUACGCCCUUAACGAAUGUCGGGUUGUUACAAGCGGCGCUAAUUGGAGAGUCGAUGCGUGAAAAAGAGGUUAAAAUUGAUGCCGUUUAUGUUUCGCCCGCAUUUAGAUGUGUUCAGACAGCUGAUGCCGCUUUGAGAGAAUUGGGCCUUCGUGAUGUUCUUCCGCUCCGAAUUGAUCCCGGUUUAUACGAAUGGACAGGCUUUGUUGAAACGCAUUUUCCCCAACUCUACACUCCACAAGAACUCGCAGCACUUGGUUACAACAUCGACUUGUCGUACGUGCCGCACAUGAGUGUUCCGCAACUUCGUGACUGCCUAAAAGAAACUGUCCCGGAUCUGUACAAAAGGAAUCAUCGUGCCAUGUUGUACGUUCUCGAGCAUAGUCGUUCAACGGGUAACAUUUUGGUAGUUGUUCACGCAAUUAGCUUGGAAACAUGUACACGAAAUUUGUUGGGCAAAAAUGAACGACCAUGGCCAGAAUUGAAGACAUUUUUCGGCAAAGUUGGGUUAUGCAGUAUGGUAGCGUUGCGUGAAAAUACCAACGACGGAAAGAAAUAUGAGUUUGUGGAGCCGCCUGGCGGUCCCAUAACGCAAUCCAACAAUGAGCCAUUUGAUUGGCGGAUAUUUUUGGAUGCAUAGGGGCGAGAAAAGACGCAAAAAUGUGAUUAAUGGAUGGGAUUUUUUGCGCUUUGAAGAUUCAUACAUGGCAUAAUGACGAUGAUGAUGAAAGAUGAUGUGAAAGGAAAAGGAGAUUAAUGGAUUUUUUUUGAUCUUUUUACGAAGCUUAGCGUUAAUUUAUAAGACAACAAAACGAAUAAAAAGGUUUUUUUUUCAAUAAACAAAAAAAGGACAAAAGAGUUAACUAGACACUCAAA